AUGGCGGCGACGAAAAUCCAGGCCAACUGGAAACGCGGCAAAGUACGCGAGGCCGUCUGUCGAGAGCAGCGAGCUCUCUUCGAUGCACGUCUUAAGGACUUGGAGCAGGUCGAGUCGAGGUUGCCAGCUGACAUGAGAGCUCCGCUUGUACAGAAAGCGCUGCGAGACUAUUUGCUUCGGCCGUUCGGUCUCUUCUUCAGGCGUGGUCAGGAUACAAACCGGAUGUACCGGAUGGUAAAGCUGAUGGAGUUCACCAGCCAGCAACCUGCACCGACCAACUACUUCUUCGGCUUGAUAGCAGACGAGGAGCUGACGAGAGUGACGACACUCAUUCAGAGUUGGAAAGUGCUCAGGGCGAUCCUUUCCAUGGGCGAGUUUGUGAGGGUUGUCAAGAUCCUGAGUCGCAUCCGCGAUCUGCUCUAUGACCCGACCACGAACAAGCCGCUGCAUGCAGAGAGAUCUCCUCAAUUCUUUGCCUUCAUGCUCAGGAAGACAGAGAUUCUGGACUGGGCCCUCGAACAAGGUUCUUGGUAUGUGAACUGGGAGGACAUCAGACCCCCGGUCAGCUACCAGAUGGACAUGCUCAGACUCGCCUGUUUAGGUCUCGGGGCAUUGGAAGCCAAGACUCGCCGGCGCUUGAUUCUCCAGGUUCUGUCUGCACCAAUACUCCUCCGAACACUGGAAAGUGUUACCUCAGAGGAGGUGCUGUCAAUACUCGGACACUUCAAACUGGGCCCCCCGCCGAACGUGGAAGAGGAUGCACCGCCCCUCGAGGAGGAGGCCAGAAAGGGCCUGUGGACAAGCCUAGGCUUAGAAGCGCUUGUACAGGACUCGAGCACAGAGCAGUCGUAG